UUUGUUUUAUGUUUUUUUUUUGUUUGUUUAACAACUUUUUUUUGUUGAUUUUUGCAUAGCCAUUUCCCAUAAUACACUUACGAAAGCUCUUCCUCUCUGCGUGGCUAAUUUGAAUGGCCAGCAGGCUUUGCAAACAACAUUUCAAAUGGCAAACCAAACAACUUUUGUGAUUUUCUGGUGAAAAAGUUGUUUUUUUUUUAAAGUGUUUUGAAAGUUUUCAAUUGGGAAAUUUGGAAAUCCCCCCAUUUUUAAACUGUGAACUAAGUAGUGUUAAAAACUGCUCGAAACCCAUUUCUUUCAGUUUUUCUGGCAUUGGUGAGCCCGACGUGUUACUAUCAAGCGAAAUGAACUCGGACCAAGGGCCAAUUUUGGCCAGCAGAGGAUGGCGGGGCCUACUGGCCAUCCUCCUGAUGCUUCUCCUCAACGGACAGACGAUGGCCCAGUCCAAUUAUGUGCAGCACGGUGACAGCGGUAACUACACCACAAAUGGACUGCCCGAGGAGGCGACACUGGACGGCAAGGUAACCAAACUGGACGACAUCAGUCCACUGAUUUUCCUCAACCGAACAAAGGCCGCCCUCAACUGUGCUGCAGGAUCCAUGCAGGUUGAUCUCAAGUUCAACGACCCGUUCCAUGGCAUUAUCCAGGCUGACUAUGAUCGCAGUAGCGCCUGUCGCGUUAGUGGAAAGGGAGCUCUCAGCUACCGACUCGAGUUGCCGCUCAAAGGAUGCGGUACCAUUCAGAAUCCCACCCGUGUGUUCACCAACAAUAUCAUUGUACGAUUCCAUGCCAAUCUUGAGAUGGACGGCGACGAGAUCAUCACGAUAGUCUGCCGCUAUCCGCCUCCAGUGCCCUCUCUGCCACCUGCCCUUCCAGCGCCAAUUCUGAACCCCAUUGCCACCAGUUCCGUGCUGCAGCCGCCGCUAAAGAGCAUCCAGAUCCUGAUGAUCAUCUGCGCGAUCAUGUUCCUCACUUUGCUGCUCCUGGGACUGGCAGUUUCGUACUACUGUCUGCGCAGUCGAUCCAUUCCGGUGGUACGUCGUCUGCCCAUGAGCAUGGGCAGUGGAUCGGAGAUUACCAAGUUGAGUGGCAGCAGUGUGGGCAAUAUAAGCGCCUUCGAGGGCGUCAAGAUUCCCAGGGCGCAUGCUGCUCUCCAGGCGGUCUACAGUUCCUCGGGCAGCGAGGGAGCAUUGAUACCUUCGGACUACCCCAGUGAAUCGCAUUCGGAAAUUGAGGAGAUUGAUACAAGGUCACUGCCAUUCAGUUCCGCUGGAAGUUUCGAAAAUCGUGCCUUUGUCCACGAAACUUCGAGCAUCUACAGUGAUCACUAUGUUCCGGCCCAAGAGAUGCCAAGUGCCAAUGCUGUGAUGACUACGACCUCGGUGACCCGCCAUUCGAUUCCCAUCCAGGAAGCUGUGGCCGCCGUUGAUUCACCCAAGUUUGAUGUCCAGGUGCGCGUUAAGAAAUCACCACCUCCACCACCAUCGCCAGUCACCUCGGAUACGGAAAGUGUGGCCACUUUGCGUCCGGAUCGCAAUAAUCUGUCGACCAUAAUGGAGGCCUACGAGGAUCGCGAGAGCGUUCUCACCAUGGAUUCCCUGCCGCCGCAGGUGGAGACAAUGCACUCGCAGUUCACCUAUGUUCCGGAACUGCAUCCUGCACCGCAAGUGCCACAAUCGAUUCCACUGCCACCACCGGUAGUCGUGGAGCCCAAGUUCUCCGUGUACACGCGAACCCAUCAUGAGGUUGUGGAUGGUCGUCCAGAGACCUGGUCCGAUUAUACCGAUGGCCCGGCGCCCAGUGAGAUUACGGACUUGUCAUCGGAGGCUCCUGAUAUGACGGUGGAUACAAUGCAUUACUAUGAGGAUGAGUUUAUGCCAGCCGUGGAGCCACCGGUGACCUCCCAUACCGUGGAUGACGUCUAUCUGCGCACGGUGACCGAGAAGAAGACCAUUGAGGAUAUCGAAAGCCAUAAGCGCAGGGUCACCGAAUACAAGAGCAAGCCGAGGGCACCACUACCACCGCCACCACCACCGGUUGAUCCCAAAUUCGAUGUGCGGGUACGUAACUAUCCCAGCGAUAGGGAGCAGCAGCUGUGGGAGAACUUCUCAGACAUCUCCAGUGCCUCCGGACUGACCCUUACACCCAAGAUGGAGCGCAGUGAGUUGAGCCUGCCGCCAACCGAGCUUCCGGCCCAGAUCCACGACAACAAACUGAAGCUGACCAGCCCCGAAUUGGUGGGUAACAUGAAGCCGAUCGAAGUGCCGCCACAGGACAAGGAUGUGCCCAACUGGGAUGUGCUUAUCCGCAUUCUGGAAGAGCCAGAAAUGUCAGAGGUUGGCAACGAUGAUGUCAGCUCGGUUCACAAUCUGACCUACGAUGACAGAGCCAAGUGGAAGGAGAUCAUUACCACACAGUCCUCGCUGCGUACCAUGCUCACCGAGGCGGUGGUUCGCGAGGACUUCGAGAGGAUUCGCCAAGAUACUCGCUAUGAACGCAUGUUUGAGCCACAGACAUGGGAUGUGAUCAUUCGAAUUUUGGCUCCACCUGGCGACGAUGAUCCCGAUGUGGAGCUGCGAACUCCAAGGCGAGGAAAGAAGGCAUCGCCACAGCCAUGGGAUACACGAUCCCGCCGCAGUUCGUUGCCCACUCUCUACGAAUACGACAGCGAUGGUGGAUCGAGUGUGCGAACCAUCCGUAAUGAUCCCGGAAUGUCCGGCAUUCUUAUGGCCGGCGGUGGUCCCGGUGGUCCCGGUGGACCAUUCAACUUGCAGCGAUCUCGCCGUAGUUCGCGCACUUCCUACCAGACCGACCACAACGACUUCCGAUCCAUGUCCGAGGUGACCGUCGAUUUUGGUCGUCCGCAGGUGGACCAUCCGGACAAUGUUAGCGAUGCCAGCAGCUACUACCGGAUGCAGUACUACGACGACGAUGACAGGCGCUCCUUCCAUCGCUCUCUCAGCCAUCCCUCGCUGGCCAGAUCCGCUAGCGAGUUCACAGAGCACUGGACCGCCCCCGAUGAGAUGGAGGUCUCUUCCCCGGAGGGCACUCCACACACUCGCCGGGCUCGACAGCCCCUGCCGUCGAAUCCACUGGCUUUGGCCCCGGGAAGGAGCGGCGAGCGAGUUUUGGCCCAGACCCAAACGCAGAGUGAAUAUGUGGAGACCCAUCGAAGGGUCUACCACGCAGAGAAGGAGAUGCCACUGCCGCCGCGCAAGUGGUAAAAGGAUCGGAUAACGAGUUAAAUUAACAAUCGAAGUAGCACACCUUUCCGAAAAAGGGUUUCCGAAAACAAAAAGAAACCCUAUAUUGUAGACGUGUGUUCUGCGUGGAAACUGCUGGGGCCAUCAUUACCCAUCGGGAUAGAUGGAAUGCUGGCAGAUCAGCCUGUUUCAAGAAUGCCUUCCCCCCUAUAUUUAAUUCGCAUUAAUGGGUCAUAUGAGUACAUAGCCUUACAAUAAUUAACAAACGUGCCAAUUACAAUUGCCUGACAGAGUAAGCCACUAUAAAGAAGAACUUGAAUGUCAGUUUGAAGCAGAGGAUGUCUAAAGCCGAUAGUCCAAAUUCUAAAGCCUUUCUCAAAGUGGUAUCAACUCCAUUCGAUUUGUGUGUUCUGCACUCCCAACUGAGAUUUCGCAUUUAAUCAAAUAUGUUCUAAAGGAAAAGAGCAAGGUAGAUAAUUUACAAAACAAAAAAAAAAAAAAGAAACAAAAAAAUGAUGGUAUGUGAAAGUUUUAAUAUUAGUUAAAAGUGUUCUCUAGAUUUAACGCUGCCGUUGAUCUUUUUGAUAGGAAAUUUGUAUGAGCAGUCACAACAUGAAGCCUAGCAUCAUUACUUAAUUAUAAACAAAAAAGAAAUACUUUUCAAUUUAUAAUCGCGAAAUUAGGUGGUCACAUGUCGGAUGCUUAAUUACUAUAUCUUCUAGUUACAAAUGUAUAUAUGUAUAUAUACAAAGAUCAAACUGCCACAUGCACACGAUUUUUUCAACAGAUUCGAGGAUCUUCACUCUUGAAAGUUUUAUAUAUAUAUAUACAUAAAGUCCAAGUGGGAUAGUUAAACAGGUUUGAAAUAAAAAAGUAUUACUACAGAAUAGUAUUCUCAAAUGCAAAGUCCUCUUGAUUACACCUUAAAUAUAUUGGAAAUGUUCGGGACGGAAAGCUGCAACAAUAUCCUAAAUGAACAAACGACACACAGAUUACAGAGAUCGAUGUUAUACGGGGCCUCAAUUGGAUUCCUUACAAAGGAUCACUCAACACAACACUUUCGCAUGAUUAUCAAUUUUUUCGUAACAAUUAGUACUAAUCCGUCCAAGACAUAUACUUUAAGUUUAAUUGAUAAAUAAAUAAUAAUCAUAAUAAUACGAAAUGCUACAGCCCUAUAAACAAACUUACAUAUUAUUUAAUUCGCUUUUUGGUUAGGCAAGCCUUGCAAAAAUGUGUAUAAUCUAAAACAAUUUGAAAUAAAUUAUAAAUCAAUAAAUAUACCCACUAACAAA